GGGAAACAGCGAGAAUACUACUUCCGGGUUUCACGCGAGUAGUCUGUAAAGAGGGUUUACGAUCAGUGAAUAGGUAGAAAAGGCGAUGACAGUAUUCUUCUGACAACAACAUCUUCUGAUGCCAUUUGAGGACAAAACUUAUAAGUCUGUGAUAAUAUCCACAGUAACGUAUGAUGCGCGGCCUAAGAAAACUUGAGCUCACACUAGCUAUUCUGAAACCCGAUGUUGUCGCUCACCCUAACAUUCUGAAGGAAAUCCGCUCUAUAAUCCUGCAGCAAGAAUUUUUCUUUGUGAGAUCAAAGAAGCUGAUCUUAUCGCCAACAAGAGCAAAUGAAUUUUACAAGGAGCAUGAGGGAAAGUUCUUUCUCAACCGUCUUGUGUCCUUCAUGAGCAGUGGGCCUAUAUGGACACACAUACUGGCCAGAGAAAAUGCCAUUCCGGAGUGGAGGAGGAUCAUGGGCCCAACUAAAGUUUUGAAGACAAUCCACGAAGCUCCAGAAACAAUCCGCGGUCGGUUUGGACUGACAGAUACUCGUAACUGCACACAUGGAUCUGACUCCCCUGAAACUGCCGCUCGCGAGAUCAAUUUCUUCUUCCCCGAGUUCUCCACAGACAGGUGGCAUGAUACCGAGGGAGCCCAUUUCUACAACGGGCAGGUUGCCUUCGAUGAGGACUUGUGUCAACAUGUUGCACUGCAACAUGUGUCUGAUUCAAUCAGUUGAUUGGAUCCUGAUUCGUUGACUUGAUUUUUUUUACUCAUGUUACCAUGGUGAUUUGAUCAGGAAACAUUUUUGUGAAAGUGUGUAAGGAAAUCUUUAACAGGUUAUAUAAAGAGAUUGACUUGUUAAACUGUGAGGGGGCACGGGUGACCCAGUUGUCUAAGGCGCCAUGAUUGGCUGUGCAGAGUUGCGUCCCUUGAGCAUGCAAGAAACCUAUGAUUGUGAUCCGAAUCCAGGUUCGCCCCGAUUAUGUUUCUA